AGAUACCUAUCGACUCAUUUAUUGAAAUCAUCGCCACAUACAGCAAUCAUCAUUGCGAACAUGUCCCCAAUUAGAGCCUGGUUCAUUACUGGUGCAUCUUCUGGGUUUGGAAGAUGCUUAACCGAGAUUGCAUUGAACGAGGGAGAUAUUGUUAUCGCGACCCUGCGCAAGCCACAAGCUCUUGACGAUCUCAAAGCUAAAUAUCCCUCCAACAAGCUAGCCAUCCUCAAACUCGAUGUUAGUAAACACGAUGAGAUCAUCUCCGCCUUCGACAAAGCGAAAGAGCUAUUCGGAAGGAUCGACGUCGUAUUUAAUAAUGCAGGAUACGGUCUCCAAGCAGAGGUAGAGGGAACGGACGAGCAGGUCUCCAGGACUAACUUCGACACCAACUUCUGGGGUGCGACGAAUGUCACCCGUGAAGCAGUGAAAUUCUUCAGGGAGGUAAACCCAGCAGGCCAAGGAGGUCGUAUUCUAGUCACCAGUUCUGAAUGUGGUAUUCACGGCUAUCCCAUCUACGGAUAUUACUGUGCCUCGAAGCAUGCGUUGGAGGGUGUUCAUGAUGCAUUAGCCAAGGAACUUGAUCCUGACUGGAAUAUCAAGAUCACCCUCAUUGAACCCGGGUACUUCGCUACCAAGGCGACACCUAAUAUGGCCGUCAAUGGAUCUCUGCUACCCCCUCAUCCGGCAUACACCAAACCCACUUUACCCGGCAAUGUCUUGCGGGGUUAUCUGGAGAACCCUCAGGCGGAAGGUUCAGACCCUGCUAAAGCGAUGCAGAAGCUAUACGAGUUCUCUUCGUUGUCUGACCCUCCUAUUAGGUUCCCUAUCGGAGAGGACGCUGUCGAUGCAUUGAGGAAGAAGGGUAAAGAGUACAUCGAUACGGCUGAGAGGUUUGCGUCUUGGUCAGAGAAUCUGCAACUUGACUAGUACAGAGGCAUAGGUCCGAUGCAGCGGUCCUGUUUUGAGAUAGCUGAAUCGUCGGGUAUCCGGGAAGAGUAAUCAUGUCAAUAGACUCUCAGACUUGGUGUAUGGGGAGUAAACGAAAAAGAAAGUAGGAGGCUGCAGGCUGUAAUUACUGAUGAAGUAGUCAGCACGUGUACAAAUAAGUGGGUCAUACCGAAAAUUGAAGUCUUAACUGAACCGUG